GCGAUUGCGAUUGCAAAUGCUUCCUUCUUCUUGAUCUUUUUCCAUGUACCUUUCCUUCGUAACUAAUCAUUAACCACCUUCUUUAUAUAACCUUAAUCCCCCCAUUCCCUCUGAAUUUCCCUCCCCAUUUCCCCAAAUUCCUUGCUUUUGAAGCUUUCGUUUUGCGCCUUCCAAUGGCAGAUCUCAGCCCCAGGUCUGAGAUCUCCUUCUUGCAAACUUUCAUCUGCAGUGCUUUCGCCGCCUGCUUCGCUGAGUUCUGUACCAUUCCUUUAGACACUGCUAAAGUCAGGCUUCAGCUCCAAAAGAAAGCAGUCGCGGGGGAUGAUGCUGGUGCACCAAAAUAUAGGGGCCUAUUGGGUACUAUGGCUACAAUCGCUAGGGAAGAAGGUUUAGCAGCACUUUGGAAUGGCAUAAUUCCAGGAUUACAACGCCAAUGUAUUUACGGAGGCUUGAGAAUUGGAUUAUAUGAUCCUGUCAAAAUUUUCCUUGUUGGCAGUGCUAUUGUUGGAGAUAUUCCUCUAUUCCACAAAAUACUUGCAGCUCUAUUCACUGGUGCUCUGGCAAUCAUAGUGGCUAAUCCAACUGACCUUGUGAAGGUUCGACUUCAAUCUGAAGGAAAGUUGCCAGCUGGAGUUCCUAGGCGAUAUGCUGGAGCCUUAGAUGCUUAUUCCACUAUAGUAAGACAGGAAGGAUUAGGGGCCCUAUGGACUGGGCUGGUGCCAAAUGUAGCACGGAAUGCUAUUGUAAAUGCUGCCGAACUGGCCAGUUAUGAUCAAGUGAAGGAGACAAUUUUGAAAAUUCCAGGGUCCACGGACAAUAUUUUAACUCAUAUCCUAGCUGGUCUGGGUGCCGGUUUCUUUGCAGUUUCGAUUGGCUCUCCUGUUGACAUGGUGAAAUCCAGAAUGAUGGGAGAUUCAACUUACAAAAACACCUUGGAUUGCUUCGUCAAAACAUUGAAGUAUGAGGGAUUUUUGGCCUUCUAUAAAGGGUUCCUCCCAAACUUCGUUCGGCUAGGAUCAUGGAAUGUGCUUAUGUUUCUAAUGCUAGAGCAAGCGAAAAAUGUUUUUCGGGUAUAAAUACGCUCUUCGGAUUUCAGUCACCACAAAGCACGAAGACGCAGCUUUUGCUUUGGAGUGGCAUUUAAAGAUUCAAUUUUUUUCCCCCAAAUUUCUUCUGCUUUUCCAUUUUAGGCAUAAAAUCCUUAUAUCUUUGUAUCGUUGGAGAGAGUUUGAAAGGGAAUCAUAUCUUUGUACCCUUCUUUGGGAAGCUACUUCCCUACAACUAUACUAGACAACUAUAUAAAUAUUGUUAUUUA